AUGAGGGCCAUCUCCCACAUCCACGCCAGCGCGCUACUUUGGUUAGCCAUCCUGCUAGGUCUGGCUCAGAGCUUGCCACAGAAUCAGGGCGGAGAAUCCCCCGCAGACAAGGCCAAAAAGGUCCCCCAAGGCAUUACGAAAGCCAGAGAUGGCUCCGUGAUCCUCGACACGACGGAGCAAGUCAAUGGUCUCGACAUCCGGUUCCGCAUCAGCGGCCCGGCCGGAGACUUCACGACAACAAGCAAAGUCCCAGGCGGCGGCAAAGAGCCCAACGCCAAGGGCAACCUCGGCCUGCACGUCCUUCUCCACGGCGACAGCGGCCAGUCCUUUUUCGACAUGCCCAACCAGGGCGUCAAGGACGGCCUGGCCGGCGUGACGGUGCUCGCGCCCGACCGGAACCUCCACUGGGGCGGCGGGCGCGGCUUCAACCGCACCGACGGCGUCGCGCACGCGCAGGCCGUCAACGACCUCGUGCAGAAGACGCUGCCCAAGUACAUGGCCUUCAACGCCUCCAAGGUCUACUUCACCGGCAUCUCCGGCGGCUCGCUCAUGCUGUCCGGGUACUUCAUCCCGGCGCACAUGGGCAACUACGCGGGCAACGGCGUGAUGCUGGGGUGCGGCGCGAUGGAGCCGCGGGUGACGGUGACCUCCGGGGCGCGGGACGCGAUGAUGAAGACGCGGAUUCACUACCAGUCGACGCAGAAGGAGCUGCAGCACCUGCAGGGCUCGAUCGCCGCGACGAUGAAGACGUAUGAGAAGCUCGCGGGGGAGAAGGGGUUGAAGACGGAGCAGAUUAACAAGCUGCAGACGGCGAAUAACAAGCCCGAUGGCGGCCAUUGUCAAUUUGACGGGAAGGGGUUUGGGUCGGGGAUUCAGCUUGUUGCGGAUCACUAUGCGGCGGUCAUGCAGGGUGGGAAUGGGGAGAUUCCGGGGAUUGGGAAGGUUGAUCAGGGGGUUUCUGGGCAGGAGUUGAAGUUUACUGGCGGCGCGCCGUGA